UUUGAUUGGAGUUGAUCUGAACUGCGUCUUUGUUUUGGUUGUUUUGAACGCAACUCGUCCAAGUGGAGAGAUGUCCAAGUUCAUCGAUCACACGGCUUUCGCUAAACUAGACAGGUUUUUGCUGCGAAUGAAAAUGGGUGUGGGGAAAUCUACACCGAAGGAGAAGUGCUAUGAUCCCAACGACACUUCGUUGACAUUUGUCGACGGAGACGAUGACUUGGACUUUUUGUGUGAAGGCUUCGCAUCACCAAGAGCGCAAAUGUCCUGUGGUCACGCUGUGACCCCGAUGUCUCUCACUAACUGGUGUCUGAAGCAGCUGGAAGAGGGACAAAGGAAGUUUGUUUGUGGCGUAUAUGGCUGUAAUACUGUGUGGCGUUAUAAGGAAGUUGAGAAGAUGGCCCUCCUGACCCCUGAAGAAAUACAGCACUUCAAGAAAAUGAGGACCAUCAAUGCUGCUGUUACCAGAAAAUGUCCUGGAUGCAAGUCCCCUGUAGCGAGACAGGAUGAAUUUAAUCUUUGUGUCAGCUGCAAAACGUGCACAGAAAAGGGAGGACGGCUCUAUGAGUUCUGCUGGCAGUGCCAGAGGGAAUGGAAAGGUCCAAAGCCGCGGCUGGACCGCUGUGAGAAUGAUGGCUGCUGCAACACGGCGCUGCAGACUCUGGAAACCUGCCCAGAUAUCGUCUUUGACAAGGUGAAAGGAAUCACUGGGUGUCCCUCCAUCCGGGCCUGUCCCACCUGUGGAUCACUGCUGGAGCAUAAACAAAAUCACUGCAAACAUCUCACCUGUCCUCAGUGUAAGAUCAAGUUCUGUUUCGUGUGUUUGAAGACUUUUGCUGAAUGUUCAAAAACAAGCGGCAUUUCAGCUCCGUGCUCCAGUGGAGUUGCUCCCAGACAGACAUUUAUCCCUGUGUGGAAAAAGAAGUAAUGCUUCUUCUGUUGCUUUGCAAUUUAAUGGCGCUCCUUAAAAAAUACUGUGUGGCCGACUGCAUUUUCAGAACCUUAUCUUAGCAAUGCUGUAGAUAAUAUUUUUCAACAACAAUGUUGAGCGGAAUCAAUAUAAGUUAAAAACCUAAAUUUAAAAUCCUUUGCUAGUUCAGGACCAUGGACAGACCUCUGCAUCUACAUACUACCUUGCAGAACCCCGUGAACCUUUCCACUUUUGUCACAAAGCACACCCAUUACAAUUUAUUUUACUGGUAUGUUAUGUCAUACAUUGACAGUAUGUACUACAGGAAUGUGGAGUGGAAAGAGAAUGAUACACAAUUGUGUGUUUUUUUUAAAAGACAUAUCAUCCAAAAUCUAACUCUACAUUUAUAUACAUUUUGGUACAUGGAGUCUCUAGAAGGCUGCUAAAUAAGAUGAUUGGGGUCCAGAUUACUAUCCACCAUUUUUCUUACUCAAAGGGAUUUUUUAGCCCAAGCUCAAGGAUGACAAAGCAACUAGUGAAAAAGUCAAAAUGUUGGAUUGAUCUUUACACAUUCCCCCAGCAUACUACAAAAUUGUCCAAACAGCCCUAGAGGAGGGCAGGGUGUGAGGUUCAUUCUUUAGAUUUUAAAGAAACGGCACCAAAACGAGUUGUUCUCAGAUGCAGAACAGAACAGGGGUAAAAGAGGAGCAUGUGGGGCAACAAUAACGAGGAAUUCAGACAAAACCAUUGCAGUGCCACUUUAUAGAAACCACAAUUGAAUUAUUUAAAUGUGGAACAGAACAAUUAAAAAGCAUGAUAUGUCCCCUUUAAAAAAAUAGAAAUCUGUAAAGUGUUAAUGUUUUUUUUUUUUUUUGUUCUUUCUUUACAAAGGUUUGGAAAUGCAAUACAAUACAGUACAACUUGCUACAGCCAGCAUUACUUUACAUUUGUCAACAGUGAUUUAAUCAAGGAAUAGGGAAUUAAGGAAACUUCCCAAAAAUGUAUCAUGCAACUCUCUUUUAAGUCUUGAUUGUUUUCCCUUUAAUAAAUGAUUUCUUAUCAUUGUAUUAUUGACAGAAAAUUCGAAACACUAUUUAUGAGACACCUUUUCAGUCUUAGAAAUGGUGUCUUCUUGAUGAUUUGACAUACAUUUCUUCCACACUUCCAAACAUCAGCAACAAAUGAACAACUAGUCUUAUUGUCCAUUAUUUGAGCCAUUUUUAUGAUAAAGAAUAAUAAAGG